UGAUAUCAAAACAGCACAAGGAAGAUUUAACUUUAAUGUUGAAGGUCAAAGAACGAUUAGAGUACUCGAUGUCUCUUUCACUCCCAAAACUAUAUCCCGCCAAUUGACUCAAUCACAGGGUUGGACUUUUCAGAGUCAACCAUUCACUCCUAUGUUCAUUGUCGAGGUUGGAGACACUGAAGGUAGAUUGAAGUUCGAAGAAUUAGACCACCGAUUUAAACAUGUAUUUUUUGCAACUAGUUCGGAUAUACAACUUGGUUGGUUGAUCGACCUCAGAAAUAAAAGAAUUUGGAUAUACAAGCGGAAUCAGCAGGGAAAUAUCUUUCAUCGUGAGCACACCUGGGAGGAUAUAAAUGGAGGUGAUGUAUUGCCAAGGUUUAUAUUGAAAGUUUCUAAGAUCGAAGAUACUAUUUCACAA